UGGCGCACCGAUCGAACUUAGAGAUCCAAAGGCAAAAAGUCACCAAAGUCUCUUCAUAGUCUCUUCCACUUUCUCUUGUUUUCUCUCCGUUUCUCUCUCUAUUACAACAGCUUACCCUAAACCGACUGUAAGAAUCCUUCCAAACCCAGACCGGCCGGAAACUUCCCUCCUCCUAAAAUGACCUUUUUGCCCUCACCCUCUUCCCCAAUUUCCAUCUUCUUCCUCAUCGUUUGACUCCCUUUCUUCCCUCUCUCUCUCUCUCCUCAUGGACCCCACUGACUCCGACCUCGCCGAUCCAUCUCAUGUCUCCUCCUCCGCCGCCGCCGCCGCUGCUUCUGGUGCUAAGUACAAGCUCAUGUCUCCGGCCAAGCUUCCGAUCUCCAGGUCCCCUUGCAUUACCAUCCCUCCUGGCCUCAGUCCCACUUCCUUUCUUGACUCUCCUGUUCUGCUCACCAACUUGAAGGUAGAGCCUUCUCCUACUACUGGGUCCCUUACCAAGCUUCCAAUGGCACAUGACUCUUCUAGCUCAGCUAUUUAUCCAAUGACCACCAUGGCUUUCUCAAAUACUAAUGCCUCAGAUGAAGGAAGAUCCAACUACUUUGAGUUCAAACCAUAUGUUGGACCAAAUAUGGUUCCUGCAGAUUUGAGUCAUAGGAAAGCUGAACAAUCUUCUGAAGUUCAAGUUCAAGGUCAACCUCAACCAUUUACUGCACCACCCAUGACUAAAAUCGAGAUCAAUGUCGUUUCAAAUGAUUUGAGUCGAUCAACCCAGAUGGAUACACGUACAGUUGCCUCAGGGGCUAGUGUUCCUGAAGCCAACGGAGAUGAUAUCAACCAUAAUUUGAACACAAAUAGCAGGGUUCAGGCUCCACAAUCUGAUCCAAAAGGCAGUGCCAUUCCAGUUGUUUCAGAUAGGUUAUCUGAUGAUGGAUAUAACUGGCGGAAGUAUGGACAAAAGCAUGUUAAAGGGAGUGAAUUUCCGCGUAGCUAUUAUAAAUGUACCCAUCCUAACUGUGAAGUGAAAAAGCUUUUUGAACGCUCCCAUGAUGGGCAAAUAACUGAUAUUAUUUAUAAGGGCACCCAUGAUCAUCCUAAGCCUCAGCCAAGCCGGCGAUAUUCUGCCGGUACUUCUGUGAAUGUUCAAGAAGAUGGGCCUGAUAAGCCUUCACCUUUAUCUGGCCAAGAUGACAGGUCAUGCAGCAUGUAUGCUCAGUCAGUGCAUACCAUUGAGCAAAAUGGAACUACCGAACCAUCUCUGGCUGCAAAUGAUAGCAACACCGAAGGUGCAGGAACAACUCUGCCAUGCAAGAAUCAUGAUGAGGUUGAUGACGAUGACAUAUUCUUGAAGCGGAGGAAAAUGGAACUUGGUGGUUUCGAUGUCUGCCCAAUGGUUAAACCAAUCAGGGAACCACGUGUUGUGGUUCAAACUCUAAGUGAGGUUGAUAUACUGGAUGACGGGUAUCGCUGGCGCAAAUAUGGCCAGAAGGUAGUGAGAGGAAAUCCCAACCCGAGGAGUUAUUAUAAGUGCACAAAUGUUGGAUGCCCUGUUAGAAAACAUGUCGAAAGAGCAUCCCAUGACCCAAAAGCCGUUAUAACUACGUAUGAGGGGAAACAUAAUCACGACGUUCCCACUGCAAAGACUAGUAGCCAUGAUGUCGGAGGUCCAUCGACAAUUGCACCAUUGAGGUAUAGACUUGAGGAGAGUGACACCAUAAGUCUUGAUCUUGGUGUUGGCAUUGGCAUGGGUGGUGAGAAUAGAUCAAAUGAAUACAGGCAGGCAUUGCAUUCACAACUUGUUGAAAACCAAACUCCAAAUGGCAAUUUCAACUUCGAAGUAGUUCAAGAGAACUCGGGCCCGACCUAUUUUGGUGUGAUCAAUAGAGGUAUAAAUCAGCAUGGAUCAAGAGAGAGUUUGAGUGAAAGCCGCAAUAGGGAGAUCACUCCACUAAAUCAUUCGUCCCACCCAUAUUCGACGAGCAUCGGGAGAAUACUAACAGGGCCUUAAGUUUCAGUGCAAUGAAGCCAUGAGAACAAGACGCCACCAUUUUUCAACCCUAUAUUGCUUUCUUUUCAUUUGGAUGGCUUAGGAUGAGGAGUGAAUGUGGAAAUAUUAGAGUUCUUUUAUGUUUGCCCUUUGUUGUUUGAGCUUAUGCUGAGGUUAACUGCCUUAGUUCUAACUUCUCAGUCAAUACAUGUACAAAUAUAAUAUGAACCAACUGGUAUUAUUUGUUACACAGAAGAUGUACCUUUACAAUGUAAUUCAAAUACUGGAAUAUAAGUAUUAAUUAGCAUA